CUUUGAUAACCUCAGAAUCCUCCACUCCUUUACACCAACAACAAAAGAAUAAAGAGCAAACCAGACUUGAAAAAAACAGAAACACACGCAGACACACACACACCUAACUCUUAUCUCCAACUCCAAGCUCUCUCUCUCUCUCUCUAUCUUCUCCAACCUUAGCAAAAUGGAUCCCAACACUCAAGCUCUUGAAAACCCAGAAACCAAAUCCUCAGAAGAGCAAAACCAACAUGCCAUUGUAGCCUCCAAAGACGCUCUCCCAUUUGCCACUCUUUCACUCUCCAUCUCUCUCCCUAAAAUCCUUCAAACCCCUUCUCUUGAAACCAAAAUUCAAUCUUUAUUUUCUCGCCAUCCAAGCAAGGUGAAAGUACCCACUCAAGCCUCCUCUCUUGCCCACCUCUCUCUCUCUACCACAGCCCCAGUUCCUUCAAAACUCUCAUUCAAGUCCACAAUCUCAGCCAACCCUUUACAGAACCCUCUCUCUCUAGGUCCUCGCCGCCCCUUAGACCCUAACAACGGGGCUGGAAUUCGUCGAGCUGCCAUAGUUUGGUUCCGCAAUGACCUUCGUGUCAAUGACAAUGAGUGCCUCAACACAGCAAACAACGAGGCCAUGUCUGUUUUGCCUGUCUAUUGCUUUGACCCAAGAGAUUAUGGAAAAUCCUCAUCUGGAUUUGACAAAACUGGUCCAUACAGAGCUAGUUUCUUGAUUGAAUCGGUCUCUGACCUGAGGAAGAAUCUACAGGCGAAAGGGUCUGAUCUUGUGGUGAGAAUUGGUCAGCCUGAGACAGUGCUUCUUGAGUUGGCUAAGGCUAUUGGUGCUGAUGCUGUGUAUGCUCACAGAGAGGUUUCUCAUGAUGAGGUUAAGGGUGAGGACAAGAUUGAGAGUGCUAUGAAGGAAGAGAAUGUGGAGGUUAAGUACUUUUGGGGGAGUACUUUGUACCAUCUUGACGACUUGCCGUUUAAGUUGGAGGAUAUGCCUUCAAAUUAUGGUGGGUUUAAGGAGAAAGUGCAGGGAUUGGAGGUAAGGAAGACCAUUGAGGCAUUGGAUCAAUUGAAGAACUUGCCUUCUCGUGGUGAUGUUGAGGCUGGGGAUAUUCCUUCCCUGGCGGAUUUGGGGCUUAACCCAUCUGCUACAAUGUCUCAGGCCAAUGCUUCCAUGGUGGGAGGUGAGACUGAAGCACUUCAGAGGCUUCAAAAAUUUGCAGCUGAGUGCCAAGCACAACCACACAAGGGGACCAAGGAUGGAAGCAAUGACAGUAUAUAUGGUGCAAACUUUUCCUGCAAAAUUUCUCCAUGGCUAGCCAUGGGAUGCGUCUCUCCCCGCUCUAUGUUCGAUGAGCUAAAGAAAACAGCUGCUAGAACUAUUUCUGCUUCCUCAAACCGGAAUGAUGGUGGCUCCCCUGAUACUGGAAUGAACUGGUUAAUGUUUGAGUUGAUGUGGAGGGAUUUCUUCAGAUUCAUUACCAAGAAAUACAGUUCUGCAAACAGACAGAACGAAGCUCCAGUCACAGCUUGUACGGGUGCCCUUGCUUAAUCAAAAAGAUUGUACUGCGAAUUAGAAGGAAAAAUUGUUCUGGGAUGGCAGUUGCUUGUGCUUCUUUAUGAUUUUCCAAGAUUUAGCUGUUAGAUGGAGUAGGCUUGUUUUAAAAGAGUUGUUCCUUGAACUUUUGUCGUUGCCAAAUAAAUGGUUGAUUAUGGAAACUUUGCCUUGUUCUAAAGAUGGCUAGUUUUACCCUUAUAAACAUUUUCUAUGUUCAAGUUCCCUCUUGUGAAUAACAGAUCCUUUUGGGUCUGCUUUAUUCCUUGUUUUCAUCAUUAUAUUCAUGAAAUUGUAUGGUUUAAUCAUCAAUGAAAAAAGUUCUAUAUAA